AUUGGCUUUAACGUUCAAAUCAUCUUGACAACACACUAAAGGUCACACAACAAAUCAUCCUAAACACUCUUUUUGCUUCCCAAAAAAAGCUCUCUUAUGGCUUCUUCUUCUUCUUUUGCUAAACCCACCCCAACAGGACCUCAAGUGUUCAUCAACUUCCGCGGAAAAGAUGUGCGCAACGGCUUCAUAAGCUUUCUUGAGCCUGCCAUGAGGGAAGCGAGCAUAAACGUCUUCAUAGACAAGAGCGAAGUCGUGGGCACAAACCUGGCUAACCUUUUUGUGAGGAUCCAAGAGUCAAGGGUCGCGGUGGUGAUCUUCUCUAAGGAUUACACUAGUUCGGAAUGGUGCUUAGAUGAGCUGGCCCAGAUCAAGGACUGCAAUGAUCAAGGCGGUCUCAAUGUGAUUCCGAUCUUCUACAAACUUUCAACUGACAACGUGAAAGAAAUCAAAGGAGACUUUGGUGAUACUUUCAGGACUCUGAAGCGCCGAUAUAAACACGAGCCAGAAAGAACUCAGAAAUGGGAGGAAGCGCUAGAGUCUAUUCCUCAAAUAAAAGGCAUGACCUUGUCAGAAAAAAGUGAUAGGAACGAAAGGGAGUUCAUGAAUGAAAUUGUUUUCGAGAUUCAGAGAUUGCUUUCGCAAAUCGCCGUGAAGGGAAACCCAAAGUUAGAAUCGAAUUCAGAAGGAGGAUUUAUGGUCCCUGCUAGGAGACUUGACAUUACUCACUCUGAUAAUAUUGAAAAAUGGACGUGGAGUUCCAUCUAUGACAGACCUCACAAAGCGGAUAUUGAAAUUGCGACGAUGAUUAACAUUCACACCUUAAUUAAAAUAACCGGAGACUUUCACACGAGAAAACUGAUACCGGGGAAAAAGUACGAGGUGGUUUUUCUUGUGAGCCUAGAUGAUACAUCUUUGGGAUGGAAGAAGGAGGUUAACCUGAACCUGAAGGUGACCAUGCGCGAUGGAAGCUAUAGUGAGCAGGAGAAGGCAUUGUACUUGGACGAAUAUAUAGGAGAAAACUGGGUUGAUAUACAUGUCGGAGAAUUUGAGGCGCCGCCGAAGAAAGAGGACGCAAAGAUCUUUUUCUCGAUGCAUCAGUAUGUGGACACUGACCGGAAGAGUGGUCUCGUGGUCAAAGGUUUUGCAAUCCGUCCCGCACAGUAAGGCGCAAAAGCAAAGCAUAUAUAAGGAAUCAUGGAUCUAAUUUCUGUUUAAGUAUAUUUAUAUAAUUUUAUUUCAUAUUUGAUACAAUGCAUGACUAUAUCUUGUUAAAAGUGUGUACCUUUUUUUUGUUUGUUUUUUAAACAGACUUUUACUUCCUUGUUUCCGUUUGUAAUGUUUUUUAAAAUAUAUAUACUUAUAUGAUUGUUUGCUGUUUGUUAA